AUCUGAGGAGGGAGGGGGCUGGGGGCAGGCGCGUGUUGAAAAAGGCGAGUGCUUGCAAAGUUUGCAGCAGAUCGUCUCCCGGAGAGGUGCGGGUCAGGACCUGCUUCUUUGCGGUAAAAGUGCGCGCCCCACGCGAACGCCACGAGCGCCGCACACUUGCCAACUUUUUUUUCCCUUCGUCUUCUUCCUCCUACCUCACACACCACCCGCUCUCUCUCUCUGUCUCUCUCGCUCUCUCACACACACACACACACACAUUCUCUCGCUGCCUUCACUUUACCUCGCCGUGCAACGACAACAAAAAACAAAUAGAGAGAGAUGGAUCGGGCUGCAGCCGCCGCACAGUUGAUGCAGACCUCCUGUCAGUUCCUGUUGGAGAGCCGGCCGGUGCCUUACAGUGAUGGAGAGCCGGCGUCGUCGCCCGACAGUAGCGGCGGUGGAGGGGGCAACAAGAGCUGCAAGGCGCUGAAGCGGCCGAGGUCGAGCUCCCCCGAGUUGCUGCGCUGCAAGCGGCGCCUGAGCUUCACGGGUCUGGGCUACUCGCUGCCUCAGCAGCAGCCGGCGGCCGUUGCCAGGCGCAACGAGCGUGAGAGGAACCGCGUGAAGCUGGUGAACGCCGGCUUCCAGACCCUGCGCCAACACGUGCCCAACGGCGCGUCCAACAAGAAGAUGAGCAAGGUGGAGACGCUGCGCUCAGCCGUCGAGUACAUCCGCGCACUGCAGCAGCUGCUCGACGAGCACGACGCCGUGUCCGCAGCUUUCCAGUGCGGGCUGCCAUCGCCCACGCUGUCGCCCGCCUACUCCGCCGACCUCAACUCCAUCCCACCGUCGCCGCUCUCCACCUACUCCUCGGACGAAGGCAGCUACGAGGCCCUGAGCCCGGAGGAGCAGGAACUUCUCGACUUCACCAGUUGGUUUGACAGAUACUGAGCAGCCAGCAACAGCAGAUGUUGCAGGGAAGCAGAGCCAGAGCCCGGGCUGCCCAGGAGAGGCACGCAGCAGGACAGCGAGUCUCUCCAUCCACCACCGCUUCAUUUUCACUGCCAGCCCUCCCAUCCUGAGUGCUGGGACAUCGGGGACCACACAACUACUCAGGAACACACUUGAAGAUGCUUCCAAGAAGAAAGCCUAUGAACAAUGAUGACUGAAGUGCAAUUAUGAUAAUAACUCCUCCCAAUCUCCCCGCCGCUUGAGGGGGUGAUGGAGAGAGACUACCGAUAGGGUGCAGUCCCUGGAUCCAACAUAUCUAUGUAGCUAAUAUAGCUGUUAAAGGGUGUGGUGUUAAAGGGAAUGUCUCCGUGGCAUCCGUAUGCCACAUACUUUGUAUACUAUGUCGCCUUUGGGUGUCAAUUAAUAGAAAACUAACUUUAUAUUGGGUUUUAGAGUGGAAAAUGAAACUUGAUGCUUUGGUACUUUGAAAGGAAUUUUGUCUCGAAUUGAUUUCUAUUUUGUAUCUAUUCUUACUACAAGGAUUAUAUGAAGUCUUAUUUUUGUAUAUACAUGAAAGCAGAAUAAAAGAAAAUGUGGUCUAACACAGACCUUAACAUGAUUUACUGUAUCACUGCCACUAGCACAGUGUCAAAGAAUGCAAGAGUGAAACAAUGCUUUAGUCCUUUGGAAAGAACUGUUUCAUAUUGUUGAUUACUCUUACCUAUAGUGUGCCUUGAAUGUUAUCUGUAAUCUACUUCUGCAAAAUUCCUCCAAACUUUCCGGUCUUAUUGAAGGUUGUUUUGAUGCAUGGGGAAGGCCAUGUAUGUGCACUUGCUGUGGUCACUAUUUUUUACUAAACUUGUACAUAAACAUUUUUUAAAAAAGUAUAUUUUAUGUGAAAUAGUCUAUAAAUAAAGAUUUUCUAUUUAUACAUUA